AUGAACUCUACUCGGAACGGAAAAUUGAACAGCAAAAAUCUGCAUCGAUCAAAGCGAUUCCCCGACUCACGACAGGAACUCGCGAUCAUGCUCAUCCCUAAAGCCGACAGAAAGAAGAUUCACGAGUAUCUCUUCCGUGAGGGAGUUCUCACGGCGAAGAAAGAUUUCAACCUCCCAAAGCACAAUGAGAUUGACACCAAGAACCUCUAUGUCGUCAAGGCAUGCCAGUCUCUAACGUCUCGCGGCUACCUGAAGACCCAAUUUUCUUGGCAGUGGUAUUAUUACACUCUCACUCCCGAAGGUCUUGAUUAUCUCCGCGAAUGGCUUCAUCUACCCGCCGAGAUCGUGCCCGCUACCCACAUCAAGCAACAGCGUUCUCACGCUCCUCCCAAGGGAAUGAUGGGUGGUGACGACCGUGAGCGUCGCCCUGGUGGACGUGGCGGACCUCGUGGUGAUCGCGGCGACCGUGGAGACCGUGAAGGCGGAUACCGAAGACGUGAAAUGGGAGACGCAAAGGAAGGUGGUGCUCCUGGCGAAUUCGCCCCCUCAUUCCGCGGCGGUUUUGGCAGGGGGCGUGGUGCUCCUGCCUCUUAA